AUGCUGAUUCUUUUCGAGGUAGCCGCCGGUUAUGUGGUUUUCAAGCUCAGCAACGAGAAGAAGCUGGAAAAUGUUAAGAACGUCUGGGAGGAAUUCAACACCGCCGAGAUGGCUCAAGAAAAGUAAGUUGUACAAGACAUCAACUUUUUUAAAUAAGAAUGAUGAUAAUGAUGAUAAUUUCUGUUUCAGUCUGCAGUUAGUGACUUUCAAACAGUUCAGUUCAAAGCAGUUCAAGUUUAAGUUCAAAGCUGUCGACGCCGCUCCCGAAAUCGCGGAAGGAAAACUCAGUCUGAAGAAGCUGAUCAAGUCCAGCGGCGAUGAGACCGGAAAACAGGCGGUCGGAGACGCCAAGCUCGGAAAUUUGAUCAAGGUUUGUGCCUGCACGGUCUCCAGAGCUGACAAUAUGGGCGUGGCGGCCUCGGCCAAAUGGCGUUUUCAUGAAUUGAGCAGGUUUUCUCUGAUUUUUGUGGUCAAAGGUGAUGAAAAACGAUUGUUCGACAUGAAAACACACGAAUUCUCAGAAUUAAUGACGUUUUGGCGCAUUUUUCGCGGACUUUGCUUUUUCGCCUUCGCCGCCGAUAGCCGCCGAAGGCCGCCUAAAAACCGCACUUCUCAUUUUGCGCUUUCUUGAUCGUUUUCAGACAGAUUUGGUUUUGAGAAUGAUAAAUCACGUAAUUACAAGCAUUUUGAGCGCCCGAACCGCAAAAACUACCGAAAAGCAACUGAAAUUCACGCAGUUUCAGCCAAAAAAACCUUCAAACGGAUAAAUGUGAUUUGCGACUUGACCAAAUUUAACGCUUUUACGCUUAAAAAAUUAGUAAUAGCCUAUACAAUCGGUCUAUCAAGAGACAAAUGACAAAUUAUCGGGUUUUCGUGGUUUAUCUGGCAAAAAACACCAAUUUUGCUGUUAAAAUUUGAAUUUCGUGCCAAUGUAUCGCUGCUCUAUUGGGCGGGGCGCACUUGCGCCCAUUGUCAGCUCUGGAGACCGUGGCCUGUAAUAAUAAUUCACUUUUGUUCACAAAAUUACGUUCAGGAGAAACUUCCCCUCAACUGCGUCCACGAUAUCUCGAUCAACGAGUUGAUGAGCGCAGUUCGUGCUCAUAUUGAUGAGUUUCUCGCUGAGCACAAGGAGGAAACGAAUGCGAUGAAGUUGGCUGUUGCUCACUCGCUCGCUCGCUACAACUUCAAGUACAACCCGGAAAAGAUCGAUGAUAUGGUUGUUCAGGUGUGUGUCGCCGCGGAGGUGUCCAGUCCGUCGCCACAAAACGCGACAGUCCACAAUUAUUAUUUCGCAGGCCGUUUCUCUUCUUGAUGCCCUCGACAAGGAGCUCAACAACUACGUCUUGUGCAUCCGAAAGUGGUACGGAUGGCAUUUCCCAGAGCUCGGAAAGAUCGUUCAGGAUCAUGAAGCGUAUGCCAAGGUAACGCUGGUGCUGAGAUAAAACCAUCGAAACAAAGUUCGUUUCAGAUUGUGAAGACGAUUGGAAUGCGUCAAAACGCAAUCAACACCGACUUGUCAUCUAUUCUUCCCGAAGAUCUGGAAGAGAAGGUCAAGGAGGAUGCUGAGGUCUCAAUGGGAAAUGAUGUCGCGGAAAUCGAUCUCAUGUACAUCAAGGGUUUCUGUGAGCAGAUUAUCAAACUCUCGCAAUAUCGGUAUGUUUCGAAAGUGAUUGAUAUAAUAAAUAAAAUUCCGUUUUAGAGCUCCACUAUUCGACUACCUCAAAAACGGCAUGACUGCCCUCGCUCCGAAUCUCACAGUUCUUCUCGGAGAGCUCGUCGGAGCUCGUUUGAUCUCUCACGCUGGAUCCAUUGUCUCACUGGCCAAGGCUCCAGCUUCGACGCUUCAGAUCCUUGGAGCCGAAAGGGCACUUUUUCGUGCUCUCAAGAGGAAGGCGAACACACCGAAGUAUGGAUUGAUUUAUUUUGCUCAGCUUAUCACACAAGCCCCGCCAAAGAUGAAGGGAAAAGUAAAGAUAAAGUUAAGUAAUUGCAAUUUUCACAAAAUGAACUAUUCAGAUGGCUCGCAUGCUUGCCACCAAAUGCUCGCUGGCUGCCCGCAUCGACGCUCUGUCCGUCGAACCCAUUGACAAUGCAUUCGGAAUGAAGUGCCGUACUUUCCUGGAGAACGUCCUCCGAACUGAGUUGGAGAAGCAGAGACACGACGAGGACGAAUUCAAGAGCGAGACAAACGACGCUGCCGCUGAUGCUCCGGCCAGUCGCAAGAAAGAACAGUUCGAGGAGGAGGACAACAUAAAUGCUGUGAAAAAUAUGAAGAUAGAAGAGGCGGAAGAAGAGGAGGAGCCGCAGAAGAAAGUGAAGAAAGAGGAGGUCGAAUCCGAUGAGGAAUAA